AUGGCCAAUACCGAUUUCAAAGUCAUUAUAGUCGGCGGCGGCCCAGUGGGGCUCACUGCAGCCCACGCAUUGUCGCACGCCGGCAUCGACUUUGUCGUCUUGGAAGGAAGAGAGGACAUGUUUUUGGAUUCGGGGGCCAGUUUGGUUCUCAACCCUGCGAGCUUGAGGGUCAUGCAACAGCUGGGGCUCUUGCCUAGCCUCAAGGCCAUUGGUGCUGAGAUGCACCACAUCAAGGGGUAUGACCUGGAGGGGAAUACCUUUGAAGAUCACUACGGAUUCAACAUGGUCAAGACAAAUUUGGGGAUUGGUCCAUUUGCCUUUCACCGCAGUCAAUUGAUUGAAGCCAUCUACAAUGGUCUUUCGGCAACCGCCAAAGAGAAAGUGUUGGCAGGCAAGAGAGUGAUGGAUAUCGAGACCAAGUCGGACGGCGUCCGGGUCCACUGCAGCGACGGUUCCGUCCAUGAAGGCUCCAUUGUCAUUGGCGCCGACGGCGUGCACAGCCGGACCCGUCGCGCCAUGCGAAAGCUCGCCUUGGAAGAGGACCCCCUCCGCGAAUGGGAUGCCGAGACACCCUUUCUCACAUCCUACAAGUGCGUGUGGUGCAGCUUUCCGCGGCCAGAUGGAUCAGUACCGGGCGAUGGCUUCAACACGCACAAUACCGACAAGUCGACCAUGUACAUCUCUGGCCACGACCGGAGCUGGAUCUUCCUGUACGAGAAAUUGCCAGAGCCGACGCGGGAGCGACGCUCAUACUCGGAAAAGGAGGCCGAAGACUUUGCAGCCACCUUUGCCGACUAUCCCAUCACCGACACGCUCAAGGUCAAGGAUGCACUGCCGAAUCGCAUGACGGCAGGCAUGGCCAAUCUCGAAGAGGGCGUACUGAAGCACUGGAGCUGGGGCCGCAUCGUAUUAGCGGGAGAUGCUUGCCACAAGUUUACCCCCAAUGCCGGGCUUGGCUUCAACAAUGGUGUUCAGGACAUUGUCGUCCUCUGCAAUCGUUUGCAGGCGGCACAAUCAGAUGCUCCCUUGGAUGCGGACGCCUUGACCAAGAUAUUCAAGGAUUAUCAGACUGAGCGCAUCGCUUUUGUCACAGGUGAUGAAAGUAGAUCGGCCCACAUCACACGCUUCCACGCCUGGUCCGACCGUAUUCACUAUUUCAUCUCUCGAUUCAUUCUCCCUUUUCACUUUGUUCAGAGGCUGUUGCUCAAUUACCUCACGCGGAAGGUGGCUAGUACAGCCUUGGUGCUCGAUUACGUGUCUGCCGAGGAAUCCUUUGUCGGUAUUUUCCCUUGGUUACAUAAAAUGCCAAAGUACGUCUCGCGGAAAUUGGCUUAA